AUUUGAUCUAAUCAAAGAGCCAGAAGGCUAAACAUUAAAUCGCCGCUAUUCGUACUAUAAAAACGGUCAGCUUGUUUCAUUACUAGUCAGUGUAUUAAAAUACUUAAAAUAUUUCACAUCCGCAUUGAUUUAAUACGCGAAAUGUUAGAGAAACAAUUUGUUGUUAGUUGGCUCAUUCUGACCUUAACUAGUUCUAUAUCCGCCGAGUACAACGUCGACGGCGUGUGCGCGUUGGUCUCAAAUGGCGUACGGAUUGGUAGCAUCGACUCCUGUCAGCGAUACUAUGUGUGUAACAAUGGCAAAGCUACGGCAAACGAUUGUCCACCUGGCACUAGUUUCAGUAAGGACGAGCAAAAUUGCUUAACUGAAACCAGUGUUCAAUGUUUUAUUAGCCAGGGUAACCCUUGCGCUAGGAGGAAUGAAGGUUUUGUACCAAAAUCUGGUACCUGCAAUGGCUGGAUUUACUGCAAAAACGGCAAAGAGGCCGGAAGUGGACAGUGUGCUGGCAAAUUAAUUUUCAACAACGGUGAGUGCACAUUUGGCUCAUGUCCCAGUGCUGAUAGCAACGGUUUAUUUGACGCAAACUUUAAAUCCAUUUGUCAAAUCAUGAUGAACGACAAAUAUUUUGGCAGCUCAAGCGAUUGUGGAAAAUGGCAAGUGUGUAAGAAUGAUAAAUUGGUCACCGGCUUUUGUCAAACUGGAUUGGCGUAUGACGUAGCAACGGAAUCUUGUAACUAUGAGAAUGAAAACACUUGUUCCCAAGUUACGGACAUCACCGUUCAACCUGAUCCAGAAAAUUACGGUCCCUGCACCACAGAAGGCGAAGUAAAACCGUCUAGAAUAUGCAGCGAUCACCUCAAAUGUGAAAAUAGUCUAUGGAAAAAAUAUUCGUGCAAUACUAAUUAUUACUACGACAUUACGACAAAAUCAUGUCAACCACGUAACACUGCUAAAACAUAUGAUUGCAAUCGGUGCCAAUUUUCGAGAAAGCAGUUUGUGAACGCUGUCGACACAGAAUGCCGCAAAUAUAUUGUAUGUAAUAAUGGUGCUAAAAAAUCGUCUAACUCCUGCGCUAUUGGUUUCUACUUUGACGAGGUUGCUGAAGCUUGCAUAAAAGGCAACGGAAAAGAUAGCAAAGCAUCCAAUGGCGCGUGUUUCGUGCCUUCUAACGAUACACCCCCACAACAACCCGGAGAUGGAGGAAACGAGACACCCCCACAACAACCCGGAGAUGGAGGAAACGAGACUCCCCCACAACAACCCGGAGAUGGAGGAAACGAGACUCCUCCACAACAACCCGGAAAUGGAGGAAACGAGACUCCUCCACAACAACCCGGAGAAGGAGCAAACACUGGAGAGUGAGUGAGUGAGGAACCAAAGGAGAACAAACCAAUACAAAAAACUCCAAAGAAAAUGUGUAGUCACUAUACUAAAAAUGUAUACUAAAAAUUAUAUAUGUAUCGUCACAUACUUCAAAAGGGUUUUUAUCUGGUAUUUUCAAAAUAUUUAUAUACAUGCAUAUAUAAAUACAUUGUGUAUUUAUUUUCAAUAAGUAUAUAAAUAAUUACAAUUAUAUCAUUUUCAAUUCAAUAUAUA